CAAAUAAAAUAAAAAAUCACUUUGAGUUGCUUGUCUGGUGUCAUCACCCCAAAACUUGAGUUCACCAUAGUGUUGUACCAAAUCCUUGAGGCUAUCACUAGGAACAAAAAUCUCAGAUAAACCUCUCCCCGCCUCCGCCGUUCGCCGGGAAAACAGCUUUUCCGGCGUCACGAAUGUCUGUUGUUUUGAGCAGCCGACAUUGCAACUUUCUCAAGGUAAGUCGCCUCCUUCCCCAUUUCAUCUCUCUUACUUGCCAUCUUCCUCCUAAAUCCCUGAUUUGCUCAUUCACCCAGAUCCCUUUUACUCAUUUUGCACCCUUUAAUCAUACAUUUUCAUCAUUUUCUUCUUCAAUUACUUGUGCCCACCAUUUUAUUUGUCAAUUUCUGCCUUUCCCUUGCUCUAAUUCGGUUCAUUUUGAUGUUAUUAAUUCGAAUGAACGGCGUAAAAUUGUCGUUGAAUUAUCAAGAAUGAUUAAGCAACAAGAGUGUGAGAUUUUGAUGGGUUUUUCACAAAAAUUUUGCCCCUUUAAUCUUUUUGAGGUCAUGACAUUGUUUGACAGUAGGGAGACUGCCUUUGCAUUUUUUAGGCUGGCGUUUCAGGACUAUUCUGAGGGUAAUAUUCAGCAUUUUUGUGUUGUUGCACAUCUGCUCGCGGCCGAGAAUCUUAGGUUUCUUGCUCAGGAUGUGAUAUCCUGGAUCAUUUUGAGAAUUGGGUCUUGUAGAAGUAUGGAAUUUUUAGAGCUCAUGUGGGGUCAUCAUUUUGGUUAUGAGUCAGAUUUUUCGGUGCUUGAUUCGCUUAUGAGGGGUUUUGUGAAUGCGGGUUUCGUUAAUAUGGCGUUGGAUGUGGUGAGGCGAAUGAGGGAUGGUGGUGUAGUACCGAGUUUGUCGGCUAUUAGUAUUUUGUUAAAAUUGUUGUUUAGGGUUGGUGAUUAUGGUAGUGUUUGGAAAUUGUUCAGAGACAUGGUUCGUAGAGGGCCUUGCCCGUCUAAUUUUACUUUUAAUAUUAUGGUUUUAGGGUUUUGUAGAAACGGUUCUGUUGUAACUGGAGAGAGUUUGUUACAUGUAAUGCAGAAGUUUCGGCUUCAACCGGAUGUAUAUACAUAUAAUAUUUUGAUCAGUGCAUGUUGUGGAAGAGGGAGAACCUUUGACGGAUUGACUUGGAUGCAUUUGAUGAUUGAAAGUGGCUAUACUCCAAGUUGUGUUACUAUAAAUACUAUCAUCGAUUCGUUGUGCAAAGAGGGUAAUGUAGCUACGGCAAGAAAGUUAUUUGAUGGAAUGAUUGAAUUGGGCCUCAGUCCAAAUGUUGUCAUGUAUAAUACCCUUAUUGAUGGAUAUGUGAAAUCCAGGGAGAUAGUUCAAGCAAAUUGUGUUUUUGAUGAAAUGAGGAGGAAAGACAUAACUCCUGAUGUUGUAACUUUUAACAUAUUAGUUGCUGGGCACUAUAAGUAUGGGAGGGUAGUGGAUGCAGAACGUGUCCUACAUGAAUUUUUAGCAUCGCAACUGAUACCAGAUGUUUCGGUGCCCGAUCUUUCAGUCGCUGGAUUGUGCUGGGCUAAUCGGUUAGACGAGGCCAUGAAAUUGUUAGAGGAGUUUCUUGAGAGGGGGCUUCCUAUCAGUGUUAUUGCUUUUAACUCCAUAAUUGCGGCUUAUGCUAAAGUAGGGUUAGAAGAAGAAGCCUUUAGAGUCUAUAAAAUAAUGGUCAAAUUUGGUCUUUCUCCAACUGCAUCCACAUGCAGCUCUUUGCUCAUGGGUUUGUCCAACAAGGGUAGGCUGCAAGAAGCUAAGGAGCUUAUGAAUCAUAUGAUAGCAAUAGGUUUUCCUGUAAAUAAAGUGUCUUUUACCGUGCUUCUAGAUGGCUAUUGCCAGAAUGGGAAUAUGCGAGGGGCACAGACCUUGUGGAAAGAAAUGAAUCAGAGGGGAUUUUCACCUGAUGCUAUUGCCUUCUCUGCUUACAUUGACGGGCUUUCUAAAGCUGGCCUAAUGGAGGAGGCCUUCGCCAUUUUUAAAGAUAUGAAGAUGAGAGGAUAUACACCAAACAACUUUGCAUACAACUCUUUAAUUUUUGGCCUAUGUAGCAGUGGCAUGAUGAAUGACGCACUGAAAUUGGAGAGAGACAUGAGGCAAAUGGGUCUGAUUCCAGACAAAUGUACUUAUAAUAUUAUUAUAGAUGGGUUCUGUAAGCAAGGGAGAAUGAAGUCAGCUAUUGAUGCUUUUGUGGAGAUGCAUCGGACUGGUUUGUCUCCAGAUAUAGUGACUUACAACACUCUCAUUAAUGGAUAUUGUAAAGCAUUUGACUUGGUUAGUGCCAAUGACAUUUUAAACAAAAUGCAGUCCAGUGGUUGGAGCCCUGACAUCACCACUUAUAACAUCCAUAUGCACGGGCUUUGUUCUAGUCGGAGGGUAAAUCAAGCUAUGAGAAUGUUGGAUGAGCUAGUAUCAGCUGGAAUUAUUCCAAAUACUGUCACAUACAAUAUUGUGAUGAAUGGAGUUUGUGGUGACAUGUUAGAUCGUGCUAUGAUGUUGGCUGCAAAGUUGCUCAAAGUGGCUUUUAUUCCAAAUAUUGUUACCACUAAUUUGUUGCUUUCUCAUAUUCACAAGCAAGGGAUGCCUAAAAAGACCUUGACGUGGGCUCAAAUGCUCCAUGAGAUUGGUUUGGACUUUAAUGAUGUUACAUAUAUUAUAAUUGAUAAGGCUUACAGUGAUUUGCACAAAGGCAUGGAAGCUUCAGCAGGUACACCAGAGAAGAGUCUGUUUCUUGACUUUCUAAUGUAUAUCAACUAUGACUACCUGCGUAGAAGUAUAAGUUCCUUUAAACAGCUUCAGCAUCCUAUAAGUCUGCUUGGUGAUGAAUUUCGAGUGUCUUCCAGUGCUGGUUAGGCUGCAGUCUUUUCAUGUUUGAGGUUCAAUGGAUAUUGCUCAACUUGAAUUCCUCCAACAACAGCUAGUGAGAUCCUACCAUUGAUGGGGUCUCAGGGGCCAAAGUUUUGGAAUCCUUAUAUCAUAAUGCUGUUUGCAGUGCCUACAGAUUAUGUUCAAAUCGAGUAAUUGCGAAGACAGAAAGAAUGGUAGUUCAAGAUAUGUUUGGUGUUAAAAACACAAUCAUAUGUGAAAGAUUGGUCUUUUUCGGGAGCAGCAAGGCAUGGCUUCGCAGCUGGAAACAAAUUUAACAAGAAUGUCAUGGGUAGCUGGAGUGCUGGACUUUGAAACUUUGGCUUUGUUGGCAUCUGGUCUCAGCUUCAAAAUUUGUGGAACAUGUGCUGGUCGAUAUUGUCAAGCAGAAUUUGUUAUGCUGCGCAAGUUAUGGAGUUUGUAGGAGGGAGAAGAAGAAUGACAUUGCAAAGUGGGGGAUCAUUUUUCAGCUGAUGCUCUUUGGUGCAACCUUCACUAGCCUUUGACGAGUUUUCUAGUUUAUACCAACAUUUCCCACCAGUUGUCCAAGCACAUAUUUGUGCCUUCUUCAAACAGUUGUUCACCAUUAAGAGGGAAUUGUGAAUUUUAUACCAACCACAUCUUGGAGGCUUCUCUAAUUUAUCAACCCAUUGAUAUGUUUCGAUUCAGUUUAUGAGUGGUUUUGCAAAUUAGGCAGCACUUAUCUAGUUUAUGGUAAAGAUUAAAAAUGAAAGUUGCACUGGUUUUUCUUUUAGAUUCUUAUUUUAAAACUUAUUCUGAUCUCAUUUAGUCUAAGUGUCUUUGCAACUACCUAGUGGUUUUAGGGGUAAGGUAAUGUACAUGUACAUUAUAAUAUAACCCUUGGAAAACAGGGUCAUUACUCGUUAGAGAUGGUGGUGUACUAAAGUGAACCAUAUGGAGUCAUUUAUUCAUUAUUUGUUUCGUUUAAGGUAAUGAAAGGUAUAAUUAAGUUGUAAGCUUCGGGGCAAUGUUGAUCCGAGUCUCUUGCCUUAUUGGUAGGGUUUGGUGGAUCAUUGCUAAUCCUCCUAAUUUAUAAAAGGGAAUGAAUCAUAGAUGUUAUAAACAUGUUUAAGUUUGAUAAUUCUAACGUUAAUUGUUGGAAUACUAGUGCAUAAAAGAUGGCUGGAAUUGGGAUUCUUUUUAUCAGGGGAUUCCCCCCCAAAUUUUGAUAGGCAUAUAGCCGCAUAGGGGUGUUUUGGGAUUAACCUUGAGACUGGAGGUUUUACCUGAUUAUUGAGAUGGGAACAUAAUGACUCGAUAUUAUUUAUGUACGUUUGUAAUUUGAACUUCGAUAAAUGUUGUUAGAUUGAUUUAAUUAAGGCCCAGCUUUCCUAGGGAUUUUAUUUAAUGCAUGCUCAUGAUCAUUUGGGGGUGGAAUUUCAAGAACCAGGUUUGAAGUAAGCAUAAUUACUUUCAUUCCAAAUACAGUUACGAGCAUUGUACUUUUAUGUUUUAUGAUAUUACUUGUAAGCUUUGGUCUUUCAUUUUCUUGGCUAACGUAUUUACCACCUACCACAAGAAACAACUGGUCCUGCUUUGCUGCUAUUUGGUCGUGUAUGGACAUGCAUAUUAACAUGUCCUA